AUGAAGGAAUAUUAUCUUGUAGACAAAAAUGCAAAUGCAGAUUUAAUUACUAAUUUAGAAAAUACAAAAGAAGUCAACAAGAUUAUUGUAUUUAUUGCUCAGCAAUUAAAUCUAGACAAUGAAAAACAGCAAGAAAUAAUAAAUACACAGUGUAUUGCUGAGAGGAUUGAGCUAAUAAUACAGUUUAUCAAGGAUGAAAUUGAAAUAGUAAAAGCUGAAAGCAAAAUCCGCAACAUAGUCCGAGACCAAAUAGAAAAGCGUCAAAAGGAUAUAUAUUUAAAUGAACAAUUACAAGCAAUACACAAAGAAUUAGGAACUGACAAAACAAAUUCAGAGUUUGAAAAAAUUGAAAAAAAGCUUAAUCAGAUAAAAAUGCCAAAGGAAACCAAAGACAGCAUGUAUGAAUAUCUGAGCAAACUACAGAUGAUGAAUCCAAUAUCUGCGGAAGCAACUGUACUUCUAAAUUAUCUUCAUGUAAUAUGCAGCCUACCAUGGAACAAGAACAAGAAAAUUAAAAUUAAUCUAGAAAGAACAGAAAAAAUCCUUGAAGAAAGUCAUUUUGGAUUAGACAAAAUAAAAGAGAGGAUAUUAGAAUAUUUAGCGGUACAGAAGCAUACAAACAACAAACUUGCUGGGCCAAUAAUAUGUUUAAUAGGGCCACCGGGGGUUGGGAAGACAUCAUUAGGAAAAUCAAUUGCCGAUUCAAUGGACAGAGAGUUCAUAUCAAUACCUCUUGGAGGGGUAUCUGAUGAAGCAGAAAUCAGAGGUCAUAGGCGCACAUAUAUUGGUGCAAUGCCUGGGAGGAUAAUCCAAAAAUUAUCAAAAUUAAAAUAUAAUAAUCCAGUAGUAGUACUUGAUGAGAUAGACAAAAUUAGUUCAGAUUUCCGAGGUGAUCCAUCUUCAGCCCUAUUACAAGUAUUAGAUCCAGAGCAAAACAAGAAGUUUUUAGACAAUUACCUAGAUGUUGAUUAUGACUUAUCGCAAGUUAUGUUCAUAUGUACAGCGAAUACAUUAAACAUGUCUACACCGUUAAUUGACAGAAUGGAGAUCAUAAGAUUAUCAAGUUAUACUCAGGAAGAAAAGUUUGAAAUUGCAAAGAAGCAUUUAAUUACAAAAAACAUGGAAUCUCAUAAUUUAACUAAGAAAGAGAUCAAAAUAUCUGAUGGAGCAAUUAAAAAUUUAAUCAAGCACUAUACCCAAGAAGCCGGGGUACGUAAUCUAGAACGUGAAAUAGCGAAAUUAUGCCGUAAAGCAACCAAAAAAAUUAUUAAUAUUGAAGAGCAUAAUAAAAACAAUAAGUUGAAUAAAGAAGAGUUCAAAACAAUAGAAAUAACAGACAAAAAUCUAGAGGAAUUUUUAGGGGUAAAGAAAUUUCUCAAUGAAGAAGCAAGCAAGAAAAAUGAAAUUGGACUUGCAACUGGAUUAGCUUGGACAGAGGAGAGAUAA